CUCGCCAUGGUCAUGCAUCUUUCGCUCGGCAUGCUUGUGGGUGCGCUCAUGGUCAGUGUGCUCGCUGCUACUGCUACUGCUACUGCUGCUGCUGCUGCUGCUACCAGGGACCACGACCUCCCGCCGCUGGUCCUGCCGUGCGGAGAGACGCUGUGGCCCGACUCGCCGGACUUUGCCAACGCCACGCGGAUCAACAACAUGCGGUUCUACACGGCGCCGCAGGUUGUGGCUGUAGUGGCCUGUGCCGAGGACAUCGGCACGGCGCUCAAGUACGCCAAAGCCCACGGGCUCAAGGUCGCCAUCAAGAGCGGCGGCCACUCGGCGGUCGGCUACUCGCUCGCAUCGCUGACCAUCGAUCUCUCGGCCUCGACCGCCUCGCACUUUGUCGAUGCGGGCAGCGGCAAGUAUCUGGUCCAGGCAGGCGCCCGCUGGGUUGACGUCUACGCCCGGCUCAACGGCUCGUGCUGGCAGAUCGCAGGCGGAGGCUGCCCCACCGUCGGGGUCGGCGGCUACACCCUUGGCGGCGGCAUCUCCUUUGCUUCGCGCGGCUUGGGCCUCGCCGCCGAUCAGCUUGUCGCUGCCACUGUUGUUUCGGUCGAUGGCGAGGUGGUGACCGUCGGCGAGGACUCGCCGCCCGGAUCGCCCGAGGCCGACCUGUUCUGGGCGCUCCGUGGCGGCGGCGGUGGCAACUUUGUCGUCGCCUACAACUUCACCUUUCAGCUCGGGCGCGCGCCGGCGUGUGCUGCCACCGGCUCGCCGGACGGCGUCAUCGGCGCCUUGGUCUGGCCGCUCUCUGUCGCGCCCAGCGUCCUCCGCGCCUACGGCUCGGCCUUCCGCUCGCUCCUCGCCGCCAUGCCCGACGUCUCACUCCCUGGCCUCUUCCGCCACACCCCGGACGGUAGUCCGGUUUUCCAGAUUACGGUCAUGGCCAACGAAGAUCCCGACCUCUUCUACGCCCAGCAUCUGCCGGCCAUCCUAGCCGCGCUGCCCAAGCCGGCCAACAUCUCGCUGGAUGUCAUUUCGCUCCCGGCGUGGGAGCUGGCGCAAGGCACCGGUGAGACCGGGGUCGACGGCCGGCUGCUGCUGGUCAAGUCGGGCGUGCUGGCCGGACCAAGCCACGUCGGCCUCGCCGCCGACAUCCUCGUCGAUGCCUUUGCGUCGUCGCCGUCCAAGCACACCGUCAUGCUCUGGCACUGCGGCGGCGGCGCGAUUGCGCGCGUCCCUCAGUCUGCCACCGCCUUUUUCCAUCGCGACUACAACCAGAUCUACGAGAUCAAGGCGCUGUGGAACUCGCCAGCCGAGACGCAAGCCAACUCUGCAUGGGCCGAUGCGCUCUCAGCCAAGCUCGCCCCGCUCACUGGCGGCGCGAGCUACGUCAACUACAUCGAUGCCACGCUACCAAACUGGCAGGCUGCGUACUACGGAAGCAACUACCCGCGACUGGUUGCUGUCCGCUGCGAAUGGGACCCGCACAGCGUGCUUGGCUUUGCGCAGGGAAUCGGUGGCGACUGUCCGCCGCCGCCGGCCUCGCAAUCCACCACACCCGCCGCCUGCGACGGCGGCGCCAUCAAGGACGCCAUGGCGGCGUUCCAGGCGGCUCAGAUUGCGCGCGACGCGGCAGCCGCCGCCGCCCUCUUUGCUCCUAACGGCACGUUUAACGUCCCCGCCGGCGUCGCUACCACCGUCGGCCGUGCCGCCAUCGAGGCCGGCUUUGCCUCGUUCUUUGCCUCGCUCAUCUCGCUCGACGAGGCCGUCACCUCACCAAUUGUGGUCUCGGCCAACGUCGGCGCGUUCUCCAAGAUCAUCACCGAGCGCGUCCCGACGCCCGGCACCGGCAAGCCAUGUACCAUCGUUUACCCGGUGACCAACUGGUUCGAGUUUGGCUGCAGCUCCCCCCAGCUCGCCGGGCUGCGGGCCCCGCGCCAGCACCUCCCGCUCAUCACCUCGUUCACUGCCGCCUUCAACACCUCGCUUCAGGCCGAGCAGCUGCAGGCGUGCGUCCACGGCGUGUGA